AUGGGCCGGUCCCGCGGGGUGCCCAAUUCCGGCGACGACGACACCAACCACAGGUCCAAGCGGAGGAGGGUUGCCUCGACCGGGGAUGCGUCGGACUCGCUAUCCGCCGCGUGCGGGGGAGCCGGCGAUGGGAAGAAGGCGCUGUACCACUGCAAUUACUGCAACAAGGACCUGUCCGGGAAGAUCCGGUUCAAGUGCUCCAAGUGCCCUGACUUUGACCUCUGCGUCGAGUGCUUCUCCGUCGGAGCCGAGGUCACUCCACACCGGAGCAACCACCCCUACAGGGUCAUGGACAACCUAUCUUUUCCACUCAUUUGUCCAGAUUGGAAUGCGGAUGAGGAAAUCCUUCUUCUAGAGGGAAUUGAAAUGUAUGGUCUGGGAAACUGGGCUGAAGUUGCGGAGCAUGUUGGUACUAAGAGCAAGGCACAGUGCAUCGAGCAUUAUACUACUGCAUAUAUGAACUCACCUUGUUAUCCCCUUCCGGACAUGUCUCAUGUUAAUGGCAAGAAUAGGAAGGAACUUCUUGCCAUGGCUAAAGUACAGGGUGAGAGUAAAAAAGGAAUUCCACUGUUAUCAGGGGAUUUGACACCUAAGGCAGAGUCACCGUUUUCUCCCUCCAGGAUCAAGAUGGAAGAUGCACUUGGAGAAGGUCCAGCCAGUCGAUCACCUUCGCACAUACCUGGUGGUGCAAAUAAGAAAGCUUCAACUGUUGGGCAUUUUAAAGAUAGUGCCAAUCUAUCUAAAGUCGAAGAUGGUCAUAUGGAUAGAAGUAUUGGCGUGAAAAAACCCAGAUAUUCUGCAGAUGAGGGGCCUUCUUUAACUGAAUUGAGUGGGUACAAUGCAAAGAGACACGAGUUUGACCCAGAGUAUGAUAAUGAUGCUGAACAAGCCCUCGCAGAGAUGGAAUUUAAAGAAACUGAUUCAGAAACUGAUCGUGAACUGAAGCUACGUGUGUUGCGUAUUUACUUGUCAAGGCUUGAUGAAAGAAAAAGGAGAAAAGAGUUCAUAUUGGAAAGAAAUUUACUAUAUCCUAAUCCUUUGGAGAAGGAUCUAACUAAUGAAGACAAGGAAGUUUACCAUCGGUACAAGGUUUUCAUGCGUUUCCUUUCCAAGGAGGAACAUGAAGCCCUUGUUAGGAGUGUUAUUGAAGAGCGAAAAAUCCGGAGGAGGAUUCAAGAGCUUCAGGAAUGUCGUUCAGCUGGAUGCCGUACGCUGGCUGAAGCCAAGAUACACAUAGAGCAAAAGAGGAGAAAGGAGUAUGAGGCGAAUGCUCUGAAAGCCAAGGAAAGUGGCCAGCUUAUUUCAAAUAGUAAAUCAGGACACAAAACAAAUCGUCCUAUGAAACUUGAGACUGAUGGGAGUUUGGAUCUUAAGAAAGGCAGUGGCAUUUUGGAUGCUGGUGGCAGGGAUUCUCCAAAAACCACAGGACCUACAAGCGCUAAGCAAUGGGAUGAUUGGGACAUUGUUGGUCUUCCUGGGGCAGAGCUAUUAAGCGCCAGUGAAAAACUUCUGUGCUGUCAGAACAGAUUGCUACCUAGUCAUUAUCUGAGAAUGCAGGAGGUGCUGAUGCAGGAGAUGUUCAAGGGCAAUGUCGUCAAGAAGGAAGAUGCCCAUGUAUUGUUUAAAGUCGAUCCUGCCAAAGUCGAUACAGUUUAUGAUAUGGUGACAAAAAAGCUGGGCAACAACGAGGAGGCUCCGAUGGUUUAG